UCGGAGGAAGGAUACCGCUUCACCUUUGCACAAAGAGCACUGCAACUUUGAUGCAGGAGGUAUAGACGGGGGAUAUGUGGUUCAUAUGACACCUGGGCAAUCUUGCUGAAGUUGAAUCUCAAAUUCGGAGAAAGGAUACCGCUUCACCACGUGAAUACGCCGACCCAUUACUCUCUUCAUGCACAGAAUUCGGUGGAGGAUGAUCUUCCAGUGGCUAGUUCUCUUGUUUGUGAAAAGACGUCGAAUGUCUCCGAGUGUAACGGGGUACGCACCCUAUUUCUUGCUGUGCACGUAUACAAUCCCUGUUGCUUGGGAAGCUCAAGAUGAAGUAACACGACGAAGUAUCAUGCUUUGUGCUCACAAAAACGGGACUUCUAUACAAGUUAGAGAAAAUCAUGCGUUGAAAGUAAAUUGAUAAUCAUGCCGAUAUUAGCCGAUUCCAUUUUAAGCUUGCUCAGGCUGUAAAUAAACCGCUUCAUUCAGAGCGAAUUGCUUUUGAUAAUUUGAGAGACGCUGGUGAAGCUCAUACCAUUUUGGGCGUAGAUUUAUUUCUGGGGUUAAUGAUGUCAACAAAUUGUAAAAGUCCAU